AUUUUCAGCUGAACAAAAAUGUUUCAAUGUUUUUGCUUGUAGAACUUUGGAAUACACGGGUUGCAACAUUCUGCUGCUGUCUGUGUAGCUGCGCUAAAGGGUGAACUGUUGCACUUGGGGUGUAUUCAUAACGCAGAUUCUGUUGCAAAAAUAUAUUAUGUUCAAAACGUUUUGCAACAAAAACCGUUUACGCCAAAACGAAAAACGUUUUGCAACAAAAACAAGAGUUUAUAUUGGACAAAUUCGGGUAGGUCCCUCCCCGUUUCGGUUCGUUUGUUCUCCUUGCUUCCAUUUGGUUUAUAACUGUGUUCGUAAAAUCACUCUGGCUAUCUACUCCGAUUUCAGAGCACUCUCGUCUUGAGUGUGCCAGAGCGCUGACGAAUUUACGAACCCCUGUUGAAUGUGGCCGGUGUAAACGUCGGCAAAAAAAGCGUAACUAAUCAUUGUUGCAAGCAGCACAGUUACAGUCACCGGCGCUCUGGAUAACAGCCUAACCAGCUCUGUUAGGGCAAGUAAAAUGGUCAGAGUUAGGUGUUCUUUCAUUCGUGUCUGGAAGUAGCUCGGAUCAAGCGUCCAGUGUGCGCUCUGAACACUCCGAGAGAGAAACGCUCUUAAAUUACAAACGGACAAUAUGAAAACACUCUGAAUUUACGAACGCCCAGAGCACACUCUGAGUGCAUUCUGGCACUCCAGAUUGAAUUUACGAACACACCCUUAAUGGUUAGACAGUAAACGGUUUCCGUUGCAAGUCAUAUUAGUUUGCCCAUUUCGGGAGAAACCAUUUUCCAAGUCGGCACAACAGCAGCUAGACAACAGGCAGAGUAAUGUCUGAUUUAGCUAGAGACAAGGCAGCUCGUCUUCUGAAGAAGAGAGGUAGUGUGUCUUCCCUUGGCAGCCAUGAUGUCAGAGCCAAGGAAACAGGGGGCAAGAUCAAGGAUUCUAUAAGCACCGUAUCCUAUAUCGAUGAGCCUGGUCACCAUGACGAUAACUCUCGACCCGUAGUACAGAUGGAGAACACCUUCCAAUUGGCACCACAUAGACGCUUCCCUGUUCUCACGGUCAAUGACAUCCUGAAGGAUGUGCUCGACAGUUACCUGCAAGAAGAGAAGUAUGAAGCUGAGCUCUGUCGGCAGAUGACAAAGACCAUAUCCGAGGUGAUCAAAGCCAGGGUGAAGGAUCUGAUGGUUCCCCGUUAUAAGAUCAUUGUUCUGAUCAGCAUCGGACAGCUCAGUGACCAGAACAUGCGCAUCGGGAGCCGCUGCCUGUGGGACUCCUCCAACGAUACCUUCUCCUCACACUCCUUCAAGAACAGCUCUCUCUUCGCCGUGGCCAACGUCUACGCUGUUUACUUUGAGUGAGUCAUCACCCACAUGGUCACAGAUGACUGUCUUGGACUGUGGGUACUCAAGUCCUAUAUAGUCUUAUGUAGUCUGUCAUAAAGGCUACAUAACAGUGUUAUAAGCUUGACAUAAUAGAUUUGAUUUUUUUUUUAAAUCACGACUGUUGGCGUCUGUUUAUGACAACUGUGAUGACUCAAAUAAUGUUUAGAUCGGCUAAUUGGGCAAGCUUAAAGCUAGCCAACUGGCUUGUGUCGUGACAGCGUUAAGUCGAUAGCCAUAAAGUGACACCGACUGUAAUGUCAUUGUCACGACUGUCUUAUGAAAUCCCUAUGACCGAGCUUUCAAGUAAAGUGUACCAAAUGACCUAUGUUCUCUUUCUGUGUUCGUACCAUAGACUGUGGGUAUUCUAAAUGGUCUAUCGUGUGUAUGAUGUUCAUUUGCAUAUCAUGGAGAAUGGUUGUGUGGAAGUGCUGGGAAACCUUUAAAUGAAGGUCAUACCUAGAGCAUUGUGGUUUUAUCAAAACAGACUGUACGUAUCAAGGAAGUAUCAGAGGCAAUAACAAUAUAGUCUCAGGAAAAGGGAAAUAAGUUCAUACCAUAGUCUGAAUAUCUUUCUGGAAAUGAUUCAUUUUGGUUACAUAUGUUCUUGUCUGUGUAAUAAUGUACAUAUACUGUAUAAUACAGAAUUUCUUGAUCAUUUAAAUCUCAAAUAGCUUUUGCAAUCACUGUGGCACAUCGUCACACACUGUCUUGUCUUCUAGCACAUUUUGAAUAUUGUUCUCAGAUUUUGUAGAGCACGUUUUAUAUUUUUAAGAAACUUAAGACUAAAAAAAAUAGUCUUAAGUUUCAUCCUGAGAGGCAAAGUCUGUUCAAUUGUCAUAUAGACCUCAUAUAGACCUCAUUCAGACCUCAUAUAGACCUCAUUCAGACCUCGUUCAGUGGAAGUGUUAUUGAACUGAUGACUCAUAUGGGUUUUCAGUGUCAUAACUUGUUGAAAUAAUUUGCUGGUCUUGUCAUAACUUUCUGAAUAGAUUGUUGAUUUUGUACAGUUGUCCAGUCAUAAUGUCUACUUGCUGAAUGUAACCCAUUCGCUUUGGUUAGCUAAAAUGGCCCAUUGUACAACAUGUAUUGCCUCUUGUUGAAUGAAUAAAAGUCAGGUCAACCACAAUAAAGACAUCUGAGGAGAUA